AUGACUAACAAAGUUGUAUCAUUUUUACUAAUUUUUACAGUAUUCUUAACAACAUGGAACUAUCACAUUAAUAUAAAUCUUGUCUUUGCCGAAUCGACAAAUUAUGGGAAUGUUUUACUUUUUGAAAAUUUAAUAAAACAUGUGUACAAACUCGGGGAUGAAAUGUAUGAAAAGUCACCUGAAAACAAAAAAUUCUUGAGACAAAUUCUAGAUACGACAUCGCAAACAUUUGAUUCGAAUGGAUAUAAAUGGAUUAUCGAACAAGUAACUAAUCAGAAGUCUAACAAGAGGUUCACGCAGGCCUUGGAUCACCCAAGGUUCGAUAGACCUCACUGUGACAGAGGAGACUGGGUUGACCCUAUAAAUGGAUUUGGGUCGCUGAUAACGUUCCCAGGAGGCCCUUACAGAGGCUCGGGUUUCGAUUUAACUACAUGGUAUACGCUGGGAAACAUGUUUAAAUCGGUCGGAACACCAGCAUCUGCAAACGAGCCUGCGGGAGCGAACAUGGCAUUACAAAUAUUUAACCAAGUAAAGGGACUAAUUCAAACAAUAAUAGCACUGAUCGUGGAUACAGUGCCACCAAUGGUAAUAGGAAACGCAAGCAUAUUCCCGCUGUGCGCAACAGGGGCAGCGCAAGUAGCUCAAACGUUCCCAAUAUGCUUUCCUCAGUGUUUGGCAGUUUUGGUGGCCUGUCCAGGGUUCUGGGUCGAUGACAUCGCGGGAGCCUGCGGGUCGAAUGUUUCGGUACCACUCGUGAAUAAUAUUCUGGUGCAGAUGCCGCCGAUGUGCUCGUUUUCGGCAUUCGUGAACCAUGGGAGGAUACCGCCGCAGUACACGACGUACGAGGCCUCUAAACUAUACCCGGAAUCGUGCCCAAAAUAUGAUGCUAACUUAGAUUUGCCACUGGACCUGUAUAAUAAAAAGGAUAAUUUCCACUCCUCAAUAGCAGAGGCCGCGAAGGAAAAGUUGGCGAAAAUGCCACUAUAUGAAAAACUAAUAAAGUCACUGGAGCUUCAUUAUGCGCCAAAGGCGAAGCCAUGCGACUGUGAAAAGAUGAAGGUUAAAUGCAAACUGCACAUACCGUACCCUGUACAUAUAAAAGCAUCAGAAAAGGUAUCAGAAACGCAUUACGAGAAGCCUGAAUGGGUGAGCGAGGACGAGAGGAGAUGUUGCGCCGAAUGCAAACCGAUUUGGGAGACUAUGUACUCUGUAGGUUGA